AUGAAUGUAGUACAACCUCCACCUGAUGAAGAACAACAUUGUCUGCAGGAACCAGUAAUACCGAUGCUUGCUGCCUCUAUGGGUGCGGCAGCGUCUAACUGCAACCCAUACGUUUCUGCAACGCCCUACUCUCGGUCUCCAAAUUCUACCUUGCAGCACAAUUCUACAGUGGGUUCCUCAAGGCCUACUUUCUCCCAAGGACAGUCUAUCUUCUCCUUGUCGUCGUUUGUGCGGUCCCUUCCGACGCCAUCUCCUCUCCUGCGAUCGGUCCGAGCCAGGCAAAUGCAGGCACGGACAGACCUGGCCAUUGUCGACAACGUCCUGCAGGUGCAACAGAGAGCAGUCGCAGCAAACGUUCUCAUGCUGGGUACUAGUCACUUUAUUGCUCCCCUACCAGCGACAUCCUCUGCGUCGCCAGCUGCAGUCGACGCUCGUGAUGAUCAUAAAGAUGACGGUGGUGGUGAAGAUGAAAACGACGACACAACUAAAACUGCGGAAAACGACGACACAACUAGUAAAGCUGCGGAUGAACCUGUUGAAGAAGACGAACGAGGUGGCGGAGGCGAACAAAGGAGAAGACGCUCCCCAUCUACGUACAAAGUAGAAG